AAUUCAACCAAUCACAACUGGUUUGGCCUUUUCGCUAAAAUUCGUAAGAUAUAAAGAGUUUCAAAAAUUCUUUGUAACUCUAAAAUAAUCUAAGGCAAUUUUGAAUUAUAAUUAGCAAAACCUCUUUUAUUUGCUUAAUUAAGUACAUAUUAAGAUUAAGGCUAUCUAUAACUUUCAUUAAAUGAGUGUAAAAGUGUAGAAUGGAAAUUUCCAUAAAAUGGUUUAUUAUAGGUAUUAUGAUUUUCAAGAUAUCGCUGGCUUCAUGUUAUUAUCAUGAAUUUAUAGUGGAAGAUCAUUGCAAAAGGGGAAGUGAAACUGUUAUAGUCGAUACUUCAAAACUGAAUCCUGCCGGAACAUUAAAAGCAACAGCUCAUCCUCCAUAUAAGCCCAGUAAACAUUGUACUAUCGUUAUUAAGGCCCCAGCUGGGAAGGGUAUUGUUCUCAGCGUUCGAAAAAUAGACUUUAGACCCAGUAAGGAAUACAUAUGUGAAGAUUAUAUAAAAGUAUUCCACUCAGAUGUUGCAUUAUCUCCUACAAUACUCUACCAUUUCAAGUUCGAUUUAGAAGAACAAAUCUCCUUCUAUACGAAAGGUCCCAUGACAAUUAUUUACCAUACAGAACCAGAAGAUCAUCGUGAUUUUAAUUUUGAGGAAGGAUUUGCUUUAACUUAUACUGUUGUUUCCGAAGAUGUACAAGACUGUAAAGAUGAAUCAAAGUUCAUGUGUAAUAAUGGAAGAUGUAUUUCUAAUGAAAUGACCUGUGAUGGUAGAAAUAACUGCGGAGACGGAAGCGAUGAAUCACCGUUACUUUGCAGUACGGAUUUCUUUUACUCCUUCAAAAUGACAGAUAUUAUAUAUGCUGCUGUUUUUACAGUUAUGAUUUUCGCCAUUAUCACUAUAUCUGUGGUUGUUUUUGCUCGCAAGAGGAAGGUGAAUGAUGAUUCUUCUUCGAUUUCAGAUCAAGAUGAACCUACAACAAGACUCACGCCUUAUCAAGCUGUACAUCCGGCAGGUUUUUUCAUUUGCCAGAAUCCGGCAGGACCGCAUUCACUUUAUCCUCAAAAUUCUAAACACACACAGUCUGAAGUGGGAUUCUCUAAUCCAUGUUACCCCACAGGCAUACCCCAGCCUCCACCAUCUUACAGUCAGUAAAAAGUAUUUGCAUUUAUCGACUUCGAUGCGAUUGCUCAUUCAGCAAAAGAAGACGGCGACAAAAUUCGACUUCAGUAUUCGACUCAAUAUCACUAUAAAUACGUGAAAAGCAUUAAAAAUCGUCACAUAUACACACUAAAAAAAACUUAGUUUUCAUGACAAAUAAUGCCAGACAUUCUAAAAGAUAAGAAAAAGGAUAAAAUCAGUUUUAUCAAUGAAGAGUUUACAGUGAAAUGAAGAUCAAGGAGAAUAAAAACAUUAUUAGUAUUUUGUGACUAAAUAAUCUAAAUUUCGGGAAGUUAAUAGUCUAUUUUAUAAAAAGAUUAAAAAUAUUUAUGAAAUAUGAUCAAGAGAAAGUAGUUUGAAUCGUAGAUUAAAAAAACUGCAGUUAUUUGGCCCGAGCAUUAACUCAAAAUUUUACCUUCUCUUAAUAAAAGAAGAUAUAUAAUAAGAGAAGGACAUUGUAUAUUUAAGAAGAGAAGGACAUUGAUAAGAGAAGGACAUUGCAUAUUUGAUGAAAUUAACACGUAUGAGAAAACUGAAUUAAAAAGUACGUGUUUGAAUCCUAGAAAGGUAUCUGUAAAAGUUUAGCAACUAAAAAUAUAAGAAAUAUCAACAAAGUUGUAACAGAGAGAGAAAGAGUUUUGGAAUUUAGUUCAACGGUGUUUGUUUUAUGUUGAAUUGGUACUGAAUCAAAUUUGCCUUUAUUGAAACAUUAUGAUUUGUUAGAAAAUUCUCUGGAUUUUGUUUGAGUUUAGUAAUCAUGACCUCAAGUGCUUUUGGUAUUUUAUAUUACUCGUUUCCAUUUGAAUUGAUCUCAUUUAUUUAAAGCAAAUAAUUACCAAUUUUUAUUGAAACUAUCAUUUAUGAGUGCUGUAAUUCCUUUUCGGAUAAAACUAGAUUUAUGCUUAUUAUGGAAACUUGCUUUGUUGCCGUUAAGAACUGCAUGCUUCAUUUGCAUUACAAAGCUAUAGUUUUAUUUCCAUAUUUCAGUUUUGAGCUUUAAAAUUAUUGUUUCUUUAAUAUGCAUAUAAAUGUUUUUGAAGUAUUCGUUGAUGUAUCUUACGACAAGCAACUGUAAAGAUCGUAACUGCUAUGAAGGAAUAAAUGUUUAAAAAAAUUUAGAA